UUUCCGGUCACCAGUGCAAUAUUUUUUCAUUUAAAAUUCGUCUUCAAAACGAUUAGGUCGAAAAUCAAAAUGUCACUGGAAGCUAAAUAUGUUAUGUUUUUAAUGAUUUAUUGUACUAUCAUUACGGCAGAAACGUACAUUCUAACAGUCGAAGAACUCUGGACCUGUGACAAUGUUGUGAACCGCAAGUUAAUGGAUACAAGCUACAAUUAUUCAGCUGCCACGACAAUCGGACGUGGGUAUUUUGAAUUUCUCACGCCUGUAAAUUGGGAAGACGAUUUUCAGGUGUCCAUCGACGUCUACCAGAAAACCAACGACGUAUGGACAAAGAAUCCCGUUUAUAGUACACAAAAGGCCAGCUUUUGUGUCGUCACCUUCACGGAUUUGAUUUUUUACCCGGUUGUCCGAAAAUUCUUAAACAGUGAUUACAAAUGCCCAAUUAAAUCGGAGAAGUUUGUCAUACAAAUAGGCAAGUUAGCGUCCAAACACCAUGCCUUACUACCGUACGGUUGCCGUAAAAUGAAUAUUACAUUUGAAAAGCCUAAUACGAAACUUUCCGAAAACAUCUGUGCCGUUGUUCAUACAGGAGAUUCGUUCAAAUUGAAUCAUUCCACGUGCAACUAAGCGGUUGUACAUCAAGUCCAGGACGAGACCUGUUGAUGCAUUUUUUGAUCAUUUGAGCAAA